AUGCAAUUCUCAAGUCUUUUCGUCGCUGCUGCGGCUCUCGCUGUUGCCAAUGCAGCUCAAUUCACAAUGACUGCUUCGCAAUUCGUCAGCGUCAAGACUGGUACUCCAUUCGAUCUGACCUGGUCAAAUGCCACUGGCGCAGUCACUCUUCUGUUGAAGAACGGUGCUGCCAACAACCUCCAGACUGUUGAGACCAUUGCCAGCGGUUUGACCGGAACAUCCUACAGCUGGACUCCAGAGGCCACUCUCCCAAGUGGAUCCUAUGCCUUCGAGAUCGAUGACAGCACCGGUCCCAACUACAGCAUCCAAUUCACCUUGGCUGGAGCCGCUUCCUCGUCAUCUUCCGCAUCAUCUACUUCCUCUGGAUCAAGCACUUCUAGCUCUACUGGAUCUAGCAGCACGGGUAGCACCACCACAACCUCGUCCAGCUCUUCUGCUACAGCUAAAUCGAACUCUACCUCUUCCACUACAUCUGGCAGCAGCACCAAGACAACAUCUGGAAGCAAGACAGCUACCACCACUGGAAGCAGCACCUCCUCCACAUCCUCUCCAUCAAGCGUCUCCUCCGCCUCCGGCUUCGCUUCUCCUCUCGCUUUUGUUCUUUUGGCCGUCGCAGCCAUCAUGACUCUCAACUAA